GUUGAAGCAUGAGAAGAUACAGUCCACCAUACCAUAGUCCACCAAGAAGAGGGUAUGGUGGUCGUGGAAGAAGCCCCCCGGAGGGUUAUGGUGGUGGCGGUGGAGGUGGCGGUGGGGUGGUGGUGGGUAUGGAACGAAGGGAACAACCUCAUGGUAGCCUUUUGGUUAGAAAUAUUCCUAUGGAUUGCAGGCCGGAGGAGCUUAGAGCGCCAUUUGAGAGGUUUGGACUUGUUCGAGACGUGUAUAUUCCAAAGGACUAUUACACAGGUGAGCCUCGAGGAUUUGCAUUUGUGGAGUUUGUUGAUCCUUACGAGGCUUCUGAAGCUCAGUACCAUAUGAAUGGGAAAAAAUUUGCUGGUAGGGAGAUUACUGUGGUCCUUGCUGCAGAGUCGAGGAAGAGGCCAGAACAGAUGCGCCAAAGGAGUAGAAGGGGACCAUCUGGCUAUGGUGGACGCCGUUCUCAUUAUGGACGUUCUAGAUCACGUUCAGUAUCCAGAUCACGCUCCCCUCGCCAUCCUUCGGGUUCAAGAAGUAGAUACCGAUCAAGGUCUUACUCUCCAGCUCCAAGGUGGCGAGGCGACUAUUCUGUUUCCCCUGGUAGAAGGCACACAGAUUACCCUGAAUCACCUAGGGGUGCUCCUCGUGAGCGAGAUGUUGAGAGGAGCCGACAAGUAUAUUCUCCUGGUUAUGAUAAUGCUGAUGAGCACGGUCAGAAUGGAAAUGGAUAUCACGACAAGUCACCUUCGGUAGAACAUCAAGAUCACCUUCGGGUUAAUUGGAGGGCAUCUCCUGGUAGAACAUCAAGAUCACCUUCGGGGUCCCGAUCCCGCUCUGCUGAUGCAUCCCCCAGACAUGGUAGAUGAUUUUUCUUUGAGAAAUAUGACAGUAGUCGAUGAUGUAAACCAUCUUUUCUAAUAUAAAACAUUUGUUAUCCUCCACUAUCCAGGAAAAGUUUUUAGAUUGUAUUUUGUACGAUGUUCUUAGAUGUGUUGGGAUGUUCUAGACGGGAAUCUUAUUUGCUCUCAUUUGAAGUUUAAAAAAUAUUAUGCUACUUUUCUGGAUUACUAUCUCAUUAUUCAUAUUCAUUAGCA